CACGGGAGUCAGCCUACCGCCGCCGCCUGCUUUGUGCUUCCCACAGAAGAUGGGAGCGACCUCUUCCUGAUCGGGAGCUGUUUAAAACGAGGGAGUGCGCCGUAUUUCCUACUAGCGUGGAGGAACGGAGGAAGAAUCCAUUCACACUCCCCAAACCAGGAAUGUCAUGGUCUAGAACACGUAUACUGAAGUACAAGGCUGAGCAAGAAAGAUCACUCCACUGCAACUGAGCAAAGUGCUGAAGGAGUUGAAAGGAAGAAGAGAACAUUGGACAUGGCUUCACGGAGGAGGAGGCAUUUUAAUGUAUUCAGAAAGAGUGAAAAGGAUUUUGAAAACAAAUAAGGCCUAGCCACUUUUGAAACAUGUCAAAGAGCCCCAGCUUAUUUAUGACAAGGCAGCCAUGGAGAAAUGUUAGGGCAGUUUCUAGACUCUUUCAUUCUGUUCUGUGUCCCAGUCAGGACCAUGCCACAGAAACAGGAUCUGAAACAAAUAAAAACAUAAACUAUUGCACAAAUGCAUUUUACACUUGAAACCAAAAUGUAGGAUGAACUUCCAGCAUGGCCUUGGAGAAGAGACGCUGUACCAGUCAGAGGUGAGGCAAGGGAUAGACCACUUGCUCACUGGUUCCUUUAUUAAAGGUGAUGAUUCUGUUUCCUCUACUAGGGUUCUGACAGUUGGAAGUGUCGUGUACAACAUGCGGCGAUUAAGUCUUUCACCCACCUUUUCAAUGGGAUUUCAUCUGUUAGUUAUUGUGGCUCUCUUAUUUUCCCAUGUGGACUACGUAAUUGCUGAGACAGAAAUGGAAGGAGAAGGAAAUGAAACUGGUGAAUGUACUGGCUCAUAUUACUGUAAGAAAGGGGUGAUUUUGCCCAUUUGGGAACCCCAAGACCCUUCUUUUGGGGACAAAAUUGCUAGAGCUACUGUGUAUUUUGUGGCCAUGGUCUACAUGUUUCUUGGAGUCUCUAUCAUAGCUGAUCGGUUCAUGUCCUCUAUAGAAGUCAUCACAUCUCAAGAAAAAGAAAUAACCAUAAAGAAACCCAAUGGAGAGACCACCAAGACAACUGUGAGGAUCUGGAAUGAGACAGUUUCUAACCUGACCUUGAUGGCCCUGGGAUCUUCUGCUCCUGAGAUUCUCCUUUCAGUAAUUGAAGUGUGUGGCCAUAACUUCACUGCAGGAGACCUCGGUCCUAGCACCAUCGUGGGAAGUGCUGCAUUCAACAUGUUCAUCAUUAUUGCACUCUGUGUUUACGUGGUCCCUGACGGAGAGACAAGGAAGAUUAAGCAUCUGCGUGUGUUCUUUGUGACGGCAGCCUGGAGCAUCUUUGCCUACACCUGGCUUUACAUUAUUUUGUCUGUCAUCUCUCCUGGCGUUGUGGAGGUCUGGGAAGGUUUGCUUACUUUCUUCUUCUUUCCCAUCUGUGUUGUGUUCGCUUGGGUAGCGGAUAGGAGACUUCUGUUUUACAAGUAUGUCUACAAGAGGUAUCGAGCUGGCAAGCAGAGGGGGAUGAUUAUUGAACAUGAAGGAGACAGGCCAUCUUCCAAGACUGAAAUUGAAAUGGAUGGGAAAGUGGUCAAUUCUCAUGUUGAAAAUUUCUUAGAUGGUGCUCUGGUUCUGGAGGUGGAUGAGAGGGACCAAGAUGAUGAAGAAGCUAGGCGAGAAAUGGCUAGGAUUCUGAAGGAACUUAAGCAGAAGCAUCCAGAGAAAGAAAUAGAGCAAUUAAUAGAAUUAGCUAACUACCAAGUCCUAAGUCAGCAGCAAAAAAGUAGAGCAUUUUAUCGCAUUCAAGCUACUCGCCUGAUGACUGGAGCUGGCAACAUUUUAAAGAGGCAUGCAGCUGACCAAGCAAGGAAGGCUGUCAGCAUGCACGAGGUCAACACUGAAGUGACUGAAAAUGACCCCGUUAGUAAGAUCUUCUUUGAACAAGGGACAUAUCAGUGUCUGGAGAACUGUGGUACUGUGGCCCUUACCAUUAUCCGCAGAGGUGGUGAUUUGACCAACACUGUGUUUGUUGACUUCAGAACAGAGGAUGGCACAGCAAACGCUGGGUCUGAUUAUGAAUUUACUGAAGGAACUGUGGUGUUUAAGCCUGGUGAGACCCAGAAGGAAAUCAGAGUGGGUAUCAUAGAUGAUGAUAUAUUUGAGGAGGAUGAAAAUUUCCUUGUGCAUCUCAGCAAUGUCAAAGUAUCUUCUGAAGCUUCAGAAGAUGGCAUACUGGAAGCCAAUCAUGUUUCUACACUUGCUUGCCUCGGAUCUCCCUCCACUGCCACUGUAACUAUUUUUGAUGAUGACCACGCAGGCAUUUUUACUUUUGAGGAACCUGUGACUCAUGUGAGUGAGAGCAUUGGCAUCAUGGAGGUGAAAGUAUUGAGAACAUCUGGAGCUCGAGGAAAUGUUAUCGUUCCAUAUAAAACCAUCGAAGGGACUGCCAGAGGUGGAGGGGAGGAUUUUGAGGACACUUGUGGAGAGCUCGAAUUCCAGAAUGAUGAAAUUGUCAAAACAAUAUCAGUCAAGGUAAUUGAUGAUGAGGAAUAUGAGAAAAACAAGACCUUCUUCCUUGAGAUUGGAGAGCCCCGCCUGGUGGAGAUGAGUGAGAAGAAAGCCCUGUUAUUGAAUGAGCUUGGUGGCUUCACAAUAACAGGAAAAUACCUGUAUGGCCAACCUGUCUUCAGGAAGGUUCAUGCUAGAGAACAUCCGAUUCUCUCUACUGUAAUCACCAUUACAGAUGAAUAUGAUGACAAGCAGCCACUGACCAGCAAAGAGGAAGAGGAGAGACGCAUUGCAGAAAUGGGACGCCCCAUCCUGGGAGAGCACACCAAGUUGGAAGUGAUCAUUGAAGAAUCCUAUGAAUUCAAGAGUACCGUGGACAAACUCAUUAAGAAGACAAACCUGGCCCUUGUAGUUGGGACAAACAGCUGGAGAGAACAGUUCAUUGAAGCUAUCACUGUCAGUGCUGGGGAAGAUGACGAUGACGAUGAAUGUGGGGAAGAGAAGCUGCCCUCCUGUUUCGAUUACGUGAUGCACUUUCUGACUGUGUUCUGGAAGGUCCUCUUUGCCUUCGUCCCCCCUACUGAAUACUGGAAUGGCUGGGCAUGUUUCAUUGUCUCCAUCCUCAUGAUUGGCCUACUGACAGCUUUCAUUGGAGACCUGGCUUCCCACUUUGGCUGCACCAUUGGCCUGAAAGAUUCUGUGACUGCAGUCGUGUUCGUCGCACUUGGAACAUCAGUGCCAGUUGGAGUUGAACAUGAUGAAGCUUCUUGAUAUUUUCCUUGGACUCUGUCCGUUGUCAAAUGUAUCAGUUAUCUAGACCUUGUCAACACCCCUUGGAUCCUCUCUUGGACACCUGUGAACAUCACACUGAAAAAUAAUCCUAUUCUAGGUGUGUGUAGUAGAGUGUUAUCAUUUUCUUUGAGAACAUGACUUGAAUUACAGUUUGGAAAGCAGAUCAAACAGUGCUGCACUGCUAGUUUGUAUCCUUUCACUUCUCUGUUUUGUGAUCCCUGAAAAAUAAACCUCCAUUUUUUCUCUCCUUUAAUUAGAAUAAAUUUCUUUCUUUGAACUUAAAAUAUAGCAGGAUAUCAGAUACAAAGUAGGAAAACUAAGCCCACAAAGUACAAACAUUCAUGUUAACAUGUAAAAAAUGAAAAAUAGCUAAUUUGUUCAAUAACAAAAAUGUUUACUUUAAAAACAAAUCUAUGCGUCACUCAUUCCAUGCAUCAUUACCUCAGUUAAUCCAAGGAAGGCAUCAUUGUCCUCCUUACAGGGACAAAGAAACCAGGGCUGGGAGUAGUCCGUUAGUGGAGCUCAAUCUGGUUGGGAAAGCUUUGAUAAAUAUCAACGCUCCAGCCGCAUCUCUGGCCGAUUCAGCAGAAACUCAAGGUGGAGCUAACAAGUUCGUGUUUUCAAAAGUUAUCCUGCUGACUCUCAUUUGUAGCUGGGGACAAAAGUGACUAGAAGCAGGUGCCCUGAUCCUGCCAAUAGAGGUCCUCUUGAACUUUUUACUUAUCUCUAUUUCCUUCUCUUCUAAAAGUAGGUCAUGUCACUGUCUCCAUUUCUUCUUUACCCUCUUCAAGGACAACUUUUAUGGGCAGAAAUUUUCAGUGUGUUUCCUUUUUUCAACUCCUCAUCUACCUGGUUAUUAAUCAAUCAUAAAUCAGCAAUUCCCUUACCUCUUGAACUUCACUUGGAAGCCAAAUGAUGAUUCUUUUCACAUGAACCAGUGAAGUGUGUGUGUGUGUAUGUUUGUGUGUGUGUGUGAGAGAGAGAGAGAGAGUGAGUGAGAGAGUGAGUGAGAGAGAGAGAGUGAGUGAGUGAGAGACAGAGAGAGAGAGAGAGAGAGAGAGAGGUUUUCUAUUUACUUGGGUAAAUACAUAUCACAACCAAAGACAAAUGCUUGUUUAAGGUCUUCAAUGACAGCAGAAGAACAAGUACCUAAGUAAACAAUAUUUCUCUUUUGAUUCUAAAAGAGCAAGACAGAUGAGGGUAUAGAAAAGGAGAAAAAAGAGAGGAAUAUAUACACUGUUUAAGCAAAGACAUCUACCUCACAGCCAUUAGUAAGAUUUGGGCUUUAAACCAAAAGAGCUCUAAUGUCUUUUAAUGACUUUGGUUGUAUGAAAUUUUCAAAGUAAAAUAAUUAAGAAUUGUAAGCACUAUCACACUUCUAAAUGCAAAGGAUUGUCAAGUUAAUAAUUUUUCAAGGGUGUUAUAACUCCUUAAAAGUAUAGAAUCAUUGGCAAUAGUCAGAAUUCCCUACCAUGUAUGGAUUCUCUGGGGAUCUGGCUCUGUUGUAUAAUAAAUAUAGCUAAUAAUACUGAACGUCCAUUAAGUGCCAGAUCCUAUUCUGUUCAUGUUAACUCAUUUCCUUCAAAACCCUAUGAAGUAGGUAAGUUUCCAACCUGGCAAACAGAGCAGCAGAAUUCAAUCAAUUUAGGUAGAUUCUCCCUCGUUUGGCCUUUUAGGGUAGCUGGAACAGGGUUUAAAAAAAAAAAAUAGGAGAAUAACCAUAUUGUGAGUGGAAGGAGUUACAAUUAAGCAGCCCCAGCAUCUCCAAGAUGCCUACCCACAUUUUAUCAGCAAAAUAACCAAGGUCAUCCAUGUUUCUAAGAGAAACCAGCUUCUCCUUACUUCUGUUUAACUGCUUCCCUGAAACUCAAAUAUCUAUUACUCACAGGAAAACCCCCAAAACUGGGCACUUGGAGUGCUAGCUCCCCUUCCCGUGUCUUACAGCUAUGGUUCUCAAGCCUUGGUAUAAAUAAGAACAACCUAAGCCACUUGUUAAAAGGUGUAUUUCUGUAUCCCGUCCUCAGAGAGUCUGAUUAAGUGGAUCUAGCAGGGAUGUCCGAGAGAGAAUACAGUCAUGGCUUCUUAGUUUCUGUUUCUGGUUAGGCCAGUAAAACCCCUUCGUCACCCCUCUUUUCUGCUUAUCACUAGAGACAGAAACUAAAAACCAUGGCUUCAGGCUGCUAAAAACCUAAAACAGAACAAAACAGAACAACAACAACAACAAAAUAAGGCAGGCUGGACAAGCUUGGGGGUGAAACCCCAAAUCUACAUUUUUUAAGCAAAGCUCUCCAGGCACUUCUGACUUUAUUAACAUUAGACACAGCCUUUGAAACAUGGUCAUCUCUCUGCCACCUUGGCUUCACUCAUAUCAAUGAAUGGCCAGUCAGAGUGAUGUGAAGGUGAUAAUUUUGCCAACAUUUCUUAUCUAAUUUUAAAAGGUAAAUGACUGUGCUGUGCAGUUUAAUUCCAUAAAUAUUGUCACAGUUUGAUCAAAGGUAGUAUCUUCAGGUCUUGAGAUCUUCCUAGGAUUUUCAAAUACUUCAUUUAAGUCAUUUAUUCUUCACAAUAAGAUAGUUGUAAUCAUCAGUUAAUUAUUGUUGAGAGUGGUUAUGUACAAACUCUUAUCAAAAAAACACCAAAAUCAUACACUGCAUAUAAAUUUAGUAUUUUAGUCUAUUCUGUGCACCACCCAAACAGUAAAAUUAGAAAGAGUCUUAGAGAUACUCUAAUUAAAUGAGGAAAUUGGAAUCUAAAAAAGUGAAGUGACUUGCCAAGAACAUACAGAUAGUUGGAAGAGCCUAGAGUCUCUUUGAUGAGGCUUCUUCCACUACUACACCAUGAAGAUCUGUACGCUCUGGCUGCCUCUUUGUCAGUCAAUGAAUACAUCAAGGUGUGGUUGCUGGGAGAAGCAAGCAGACCUUCAUAACCAGGAUGGACUCCAAUUAAAACCACUGCCAGUGUCAGUUCCUGGGCAUGAAGCACUGGAGAGCUGAACAGUUGGUCUCCAAAGAACUCUAAGAGCCAAGAAUAAGAUGAACCAUCUUGGGUGAAACCCUUGCUCCAGAUAACACAUUAUCCGUAAGUCCAUCCUGCAAGACUGUGAGAAUGACCUUUUUUAUAGAAGAGAUAUUUAAUGCUUAUCCUAUAAGUAGCAAUGAAGUUUGAGAAAUUUAGGUAAAGAAUAAUUGUUGUAGGAAAGGGGGAGUAUUGUCCUAUUUUUACAUAUUGACUAGAUGACUGGGACAAGGUUAUAGACCAUGAACUUGAGGCAGGCCUGCAAAGAACAAUUACGUCCUGACUUUGUGAUGUGUAGUUUAAUUCCAGCCAUGCUCUCUCCUUGACAGUCUUCCUUCUUGAUUUAUAGUCAUAUGUAUCAAGGAGACAGGACUAAAAGUCUAAAACUGUAUGACUGAUCUAAAAUUAAUUAGAAUUCAAGGUGGGAGUUAAUAACAAAAACUAUUAAAAACCUAGCCAGGGACAUAUAUGAAGGAAAAAAUACAUACGUUGUUAUCAACAUAUUUUGUGUCAAUUGCAUUGGAAAUCUGAUCCAUAUAUGUUUUAAUCUAAUGUGCCAACCUCUGAAUAUUAUAUCCCCUUCAAGCCCAAGGCAGUAGUUAUUUCUUGGAUUUUAUUUUAGGAAAUGGCAUUUGCCUGGUUUAACCAUAGGCAGGUUACAGUCUUAGUGUUCAGGGUAAGGCUUGGCAGCACCUAACAUAUGGUAUGUGAUGGAUUGCCCUAUGUGUUGAGCAGCAAAGCGGCAAUAAAAGGUAAUUUGGGGAGAAUCCAUCGCACUUCAUUUGGAAAACAGAGCUCUCUCUGUUGGAGCUAAGGUUAGUGGUUUGGAUUUGCAUGUGUUCCUGCAGUAUUUUUUUUACAUUGCUUUUGAAUUGAAAAUAAAAACAGACAAAAGGUCUGAUGUCUAACCCAAGUAAAUAAAACCUAUGGGACACAAAGUAGCCAAAAACAUGUUUUACUUAUGUGACAAGCUAGUCACUUUGGCUAUUAACUUUUAGGAAAUUCAAAGAAAUACAUUUGAAAAAAGAGACAUUUGAAAAUAGGAACCUAUUAUUAUUACAAGUAAGAAUCUUCAUGCAACAUUCACAUUAAUAGGCUACUGAUAAAUGGCUUGAGGGAGAGGAAAUCCCUGCAUACCCAGGUAUGCCCUCCAUGUCAGCCUAAAGGACUGGUUCGAGUGCUUUGAGUCCCCAGACCCAGGAGUCUUUGAUUUUAAACUUCCUUUCCUUCUGGUGCAGCAGCAAAGGUGCCAUCCAGAAAGCCCAGAGUUUCUGAGUACAUAUGGGGUACCCAGGAAGUCCAAUGUGCAAUGUACCAGCUACCGGGGGAGGUAAGCAGGUGUAUGCUAUGGAACAGCACUAGGUCACCCGUCCCUGUAGCAUACAGAGGGAAUUACCACCCCUGCAACUGCCCCACCUAACAUGGCCAUCUGUUCACCACCAGCCAGUGCUACCAGUCAUUUCAGCUUAGAAUAACAUCUCAGGUGUUUCUCAGCCGUAGCUGAGCUGGAAGCUGCUUUCUCCUGCCUCAGACUCUUGUUCUUUUACUUUCCUUGUUCCACUGCCUGACCUUUUUU